AUGUUACUACUCCCUCCUGGAGUCCUGGUACUCAUGUUGAUGCAGCAGGACAUAUAUAUGGUUGCUAAUAGUCUUGAUGCUGGCUAUACUCUUAAUUUGGAAUUGGAUGUUUGCAAUUGUUCAAGUUAUGGGGAUUCAUCUGUUGUUAAUCGUGGAGUUGAUGAUGUGACUUCUGUUGGUAGUUCUAUUUUAUCUUCAAACUGCAAUGAAGAAUCUGGUACAAGUCAUUCUAUUUCAUCUGCUGCUCAAAAGACGUAUAUUCCUUUGAAUGUUCCCGACGUUUCGAAGCCAACUAUUAAUCAAUGCUUUCAGCGUUUGGACCAAGGUUUCAUAUUUUACAAGGAGUAUGGUCGUUUAGGUGGUUUUGAUGUGAGGAAGGGAACUGAAAAGAGGGGUGAAUCUGGUAUAGUUAGUAUUAAACAUUAUACAUGCAGUAAAGAAGGGUGUAAUGAUUUUCGUAGUACUUUGGAUAGUAAUUUGAGUAAAGUUAAGCGAAGGCGGACUGCUUCUACUUGGUGUUGUUGCAAAGUAAAGAUAGUAUUAAAACUUAAUAGGGAUAGAGAAUAUUUUGUGUUUAAGUUUGAUGAGGUGCAUAAUCACCCCUUGGUUGAUGAAUCUGGAAGGCAAUUUUUGCGAUCUAGUCGUCAAAUGACUAUAAGUUCGAGGAAUUUUGUGUUUGAUGCUGCAAAAGUUAACAUUGGCUGUAGUAAAGCUUACGGUUUGAUGAAAGAAAUGGUUGGAGGGGUCGAGUUCUUCUAUUAUGCAUAUGAGCUUGAUGAGACAGGGCAUUUGACGAAGCUUUUUUGGGCUGAUGCAAUUUGUCGGAGGAAUUUCGAGGUGUAUGGGGAUGCAGUUUCAUUUGAUGCAACGUUCGAUACAAAUAAGUAUAAUAUGAUAUUUGCCCCGUUCACUGGGGUUGAUAAACAUGAAAAAUGUGUAACUUUUGCUGCUUGCCUUUUGGCAAAGGAAGACGUUACUCAUUAUAAAUGGGUUUUUGAUCAGUUUUCUACAUGUAUGAAACGUCAUCCUGUUGUUAUCAUCACUGAUCAGUGUCCAGCAAUGAAAAUUGCAGUUUCUUCGUCACUUUCUUCAAAAAAUGGUUUCGUUGCUACUAAACACCGCUUGUGCAUGUGGCAUAUAAUGCAGAAAUUUCCCAUAAAGCUUGGUAAUCGGUUAUGUAAAGAGACUAAUUUCAUGAAGAAGAUGAAAAAGUAUAUAUGGUCAAAUCAUUUAGAUAUUGCUGAGUUUGAACAAGGAUGGCAGGCUGUUAUGCAGGAGUUUAAUUUGGAAAAUAACAAGUGGUUGAGUGACAUGCAUGCUAUCAGAUCUUCAUGGAUUCCAGCUUUUUUUAGAGAUGAGCCUAUGUUAGGUUCAAUGAGGACCACGUCUAGAUCAGAAAGCAAGAAUCUUUUCUUUGCUCAGUUUCAUAAACAAGCUGAUUCAUUAUGCGAGUUUUGGUUGCGUUUUCAAAGUGCAAUGCAAAGACAACGAAAUGAGACGGAGAGGCGGGAUGAAGAGUCAAAAUCGAGCUUUCCCAAUACAUUGUCUACAUGGUUUAUUGAAGAUGAUGCGGCUGAUUUGUUUACACGGACAGUUUUUUACAAAGUUCAAGAGGAGAUUUUGGCAGCAUGUUUGGAUAUGCAAAUCAAACGGAUGAGUGAAGAGGUGGAAGGUAUUACUAAUUUUGAAAUCAAGGAUGUAAAAGUGAAAGAAAAGAUCUUCAAGGUACCGGUUAGUAAAGAGCAUGCUGUUUGUUCUUGCAAGAAGUUUGUGAUGUGUGGUAUAGUUUGCAGGUAUAGUUUUUGUGGUAUGAAGCAUAUUGGAGUAACAAGAUUUCCUAAAAGUCUUAUUUUAAACCGAUGGUCAAAAAUUGCUGAUUGUGGAAGCUCGUGUGAUAUGAUAUCUGCUGAUUAUUUUAAGAUGGAGAAGGGUUCAUUAAAAUUGAUGAACAUUUGGUUUGAUUUUCGUCAAGUUCUUAACAAAGCUGGAGUGCAGAUGGAAGUCCUUGAAUUUGUGCAUCAAACUGUGAAGGACUUAAGCACCAAAGUUGGCAAUAGUUUGGAUGGUGCUUCUUUUUCCAAAAAGGAUCACAUGGCUGCUUUGAUUGGUGAACAGCCUCAAGGGGAACUUACUGUGCUAGUUCCGAAUAUUUCUAAAAACAAAGGAAAUUAUUUUAAAUCAGGGAGGUUGAUUAGCGAGAGGGAGAAAGCAAUUACAAAAGCGAAUAAGAGAAUACGAAGGUGUAAAGAAUGCUUAGCUACAACUCAUGAUUCACGUACUUGCCCAAAGAAGAAGGAGUUACAAAAGUGA